UGUGAAUCGACCCCCAGCAGACUUCCGGGCCUCUCUCGUCCCGAUGUCUUCCACCCAGAAUGGACUCAACAACAUCUCCACAACCGGAUUUCUAUGACCUGGUAAUGUCAUUCCUCCGCCACGGAGACCGUGAAUACCUGGCACGCAUUCUGCAACUCUGGAAUCCCGCAAUCGACCCGUACUCGCAUAUGAUCAGCGAAGCCCUACAUCGCGCCAUCUUCCUCGGAGACGAAGCUGCCGUGCGAAUGAUGCUCGACGCGGGCGUGGAUCCAACAGUGCGGCAACUCUGCGAUCCCAACUUCACCCCCCUCCUGACGGCUUCACAAUACGGCAGGCGCGCGACGGCCCGUUUGCUCUGGCAAGGCCUGGGCCCCGACGGCCGGUUUUACCCCAGCAAGAGCAAGAGACCCCAGCUCACCUGUCUCCAGGUCGCUGCUCGAAAUGGCCACGCCGACCUGGUCGCCGACUUCCUCGAUGCAUGGGACGGCUGGCCUGCCGACGAGAAGGAUCGGGCGCUGCGUGAUGCCGCAUGGGCGUGGCGCGAUGACGUCGUGGCCUUGUUGCUGCGCAAGGUUCGCUAUGAAGCCGAUGCCAUUCAAUGUGCUCUGGAGCAGGGCGUUGGCAACAAGCUAAUCCUCCCCGAGAACGAAAGAGAACGUCUCCCUGGUCCCGAGGAUUCCCUUCGCCAGGAGCGUCUGGUACGUCGACUCGUCGAUGCCGGCGGAAACCUAGACGAAAACGACCGCAGCUACCAUUGGCCCCUUAUCCACAAGGCCGCAAAGGUCAAGCGGGCGGCCGGCGCCUUACGAGCGCUCCUCGAGAAGAACGCAAAUCCCAACGUGCAAGAUGCCCGGGGCAGAACCGCUCUCCACUAUGUGUUCGAGGGAGGAGCGCACUUCUCCAUGGAUCCUCCUCUACGCGUCCUCUUGGAACACGGCGCAUCGCCCGAGACGGCCGACCAGGCCGGAGAAACACCCCUUCACGUCGUUGCCAACACCGGAACCCUUCCACAAUUGCUGCUGUGCCUUGCGCACUCUCGCGAUGCAGACGUCGCCAUCCGCCUACGAAAUGCACACGGGGAAUCGCUCCUGCACUACGCCGCAGCCGGCGCGAGGGAAGACAUUGUCGAGUUCCUGCUCCGCCGCGGCCUGCACAUCGAUGCGAGGAGCGCCAACGGGUGGACGCCCUUGCUGUGUGCGCUGGCGCCGACCAGGAUGAAGGCCGACCCUGCCAGACACCGCCUCGCGAGCCUCCUGCUCCGGCGGGGUGCGAGUGCUCGGGUCGUGACCGAGGAGGGGUGGACUCCGCUGCACGCUUUGGCGACGGCGUAUCCUUCCGUUUACGCUGGCCAGAACCCCCUCCCUUCCCCGGGGGCUAGGCGGCUUGCUGGGGAGCUCAUCUCACGCGGGGCACCUACCGACGCGGAAUCGAGGGUGAUUCGAGACGCUUCUGUCACCCCACGAAUGUUGUAUGAUGUAUGGGGGUAUCGAAUGCAGAGGUUCGCCGAGGACUCUACGCAGGCUCCGGCAGGUAGUACGGCCAUCGACACUACGCCGUACAUGUGGGCUAUGCGAAGCAACGCAAUGGACAUCUUCGACGUUCUCAUGGCGCACUUUGACUCGGCUGCUCGUGAUGGCGCGGUAGGUGAGGUCAGCAGGCGGUAGGUCUUUAUAUUUCAGGUAGGUCUUGAUGUUCAGGUAGGUCUUGACGCUCCCGGUAGGUCUUGAUCUUUCAGGUAGGUCCUUCUGCUUUCAGGUAUUGUAUGCACCCUUUCCAGGUCCCCGUAGGUCUGCGUAGUAUUUGCCUUAUUCGCCCGACUUCAUAUCGAGACGAGUCUUUCAGGGACGUCAAGGGCGUACAUACGGCGAGAAGACCAGGACAAGUCUUCCCAUAGCGAAUGGACGAUAGUUGGCGAGAGGCCGAUCACCUGGAAAAGGGAGUCCCAACGUCCCAGCCCUUCGGCAGCAAACAUGUAUGGGUACUUCGUAUUACAAGC